UCUGAUUUCUGAGGCUAAAUCUUAGACAACAUCUAGUCGCAAUGAUUUUAACCUAACAUCCUUUUUCAGAAAAAGUCUCAUAUCUUACCAAUUAGAUCACCAAUUUUACACCUACAGCAAAACAAUAUGGGUAGAUAAAUGGCAUUCACGAAUGGACUCACAAUUUACACUAAAAAGUAAAAACACACAACUAUAAGUCUAACUAUAUGAUGAGGAAAGCCAGCAUGUGUUUCUUUCUGCUUUGCUUCGCAUUGUAUCAUUAUCAAGUACUAUCAGUAUCUGAUGCUCAACAGGAAUCCAACCUAAAGGAAUCUUAUAGCUUGGAGUUAGAUUCGGUUAUUCCCAAUCCUAAAAAGCUUCAUCAUGAUCAUCCUGGCCAUAGUGACAAGCAACAUUACCAUUAUAAUCAUCGCCGUCAUCAUGUCUACCAUCAAGAGAUAGAGAGGGAUUCUCAGUAUAUUCCAAUGAAGGCGACUAAACUCUAUCACCACCACCAUAAUCAUCGUCAUCAUCAGCAUCAUCAUCAUCACCACCAUAAAAGAGCUCAUCACCAUGUCCAUGCUCCAGAUCUAGAGGUUCUGUAUCCUUCAAAAUCUCUUAUGAAAACUCGAGUUCCUUAUCAACAUUAUCAUCACCAUCACCAUACAACACCUCACUAUCACAUCCUGGACCCAAUGGAGGCUUCUAAAUUUCCAUUAGAGUCUGCAGUUGCAGCUCCACAUCCUCAUGAAAGUCGUGAUCAUCGAUAUCAUCACCGUCGACGUCAUCAUCAUCAUCACCACCAACAACACAAAAAGUCUCACCAUAACCAUCAUUCCAAGUCACCACAGAGGCUCAAUUUCUAUAGAACCAUUGACAAUAACUAAUAACGCUGCAUCAUUAGUUAUGAAAAGUAAACAUAAACAAUGUACUUCAUGCACCUACGGCCAUGCCCUACAAUACAUGCAUCUUUCUAUUAUGUUCCUAUCAUAAAAAUGUAUGCUAUGGGAUUUUCCUUAUCCAACCAA